AUGCAAAAUCAGACCUCCCCCUCGGCAAGCACCCUCUUCUUUAAUACUCAUCAAAGAGUUCAUCCAAGGGUUCAUGUUUCUGGGCCGGCCACAGCAAAUUCCAUACAUCUUAAUCAUCCACACCUCGUCUCCCUCAAUUGGUUCAUGAGACUGGAUUCCUGGGGUAGUAGGAGCACAACUAUCCCUCAGACGGAAAAGCGACUUGGACCCGGGAUCUCGAGUCUCUCGGGCACCUGGAGGCACGAGGCAUCAUCGCAUCCGACUCCUACCAGCGCCCGGAAUCCAACCAUGCGAUUAAACAAAGUCAGCAUCGCCCUAAAUCUGAUCGUUCGGCUCCGGUAUUCCACGAACGAACCCUCCGACAGGAAAGCCUUUUCGCCAAUCCGAUGGUGGGUGCUCAGCGACAGCAUGUUCUUCCCCAUCGAGAAAGCCUGUAAAGCGCAUACGCCACCGCGGUCGCGACAGGAGUCCUUGCUUUCUAUCGACAAUAGCUCAGAAGAGUCUUCAACCCAGGCCCUUUCGUAUCGGCCUCUCGAGCACGCACAAGAGUAG